GUUUCUCCAUUUUCGCCAUGAACCUCUAUCUCGGUCGUCCGACCACCCUUGUUGAGAGACACGAUGUCUCUCACCUCCAUUGCUAGCGGGCGACUUAUCGGACGGACGCUGGCCACGUCAUUAGGGCGGUCUAGCCAGGCUAACUGUGACCGGUAUGGCAUCAUCCGUAAAUUCUUCCAGGUCCAAUUUGCCUCUGGUUGGGCGUCCGCGAAGGAAUCCGUUAUUCCAAAGCCACACAGAAACUCGCCAUUGUCACGGAGGGGAUCUUUUGGAGGCACGUUGUCAUUGACCUACGCCCCAGGACAAGUCCAUCAUUUUCAUUCGACAUGUGCAGCAUCGCGGUCACGCAAGUCUCGUAACCAGUCAUGGACUAUGGCCAACGAUAGGUCUCCGAAGAACCCUCAGGACCCCUCGCCUAUCUCAGAUCUCGAGAAUCAUGCUCCUCGACCUCCUGAACAUCCUGGACCAAUUUCUCCACCGUCUUUCCAACCGUCUUCGACGAUGUCUACAUUAGCGGGUGGUGAAGGGGCGCCUAGAUUAGGGCCUAGUCCUACUCGGGAGUCCAACGAAGCUUCACCUGAAAAGUCAAAUACUACAGAGCAAGAUCUUUCUUCAUCCACCGCGAUUAACUCCGAAGAGCCGCGACUAUCUUCCUCUCUCUCAUCCAAAAAUGACAAUUUGGAUUCCAGGCAGAGGAAAAGCAGCCCUAGUAGCGAGAAUGAAGCAGAACAGGCACAAAGGACGUCACUAUCUGAUAAGUCUCUGCCUUCGUCCACGUCUGAUCCGUCCUCUGUCUCGUCCUGGAGCACAAAAUCCUUCCAUAUAUCUGCGAAAAAUUCAUCCAUAGACACGGGUAACUCUUCGAGUGAUGAGGAUGCUGUCCUUGCCGGGAAUAGUCCCGAAACCUCCAAACAGGUUAACAAAGAGAGUUCUGAGUCUUCCUUUGAGAUUCAUACUUCUCCUUCUCCAUCCCAAACAACACCCUCGCAGUUUCCUUCUCCGUCAAGGAUCCUCCCCAUUCAGGACAAACUAGAGUUUCUUGACGACAGGGCUCAGGGCUCGUCCUCUCCUCCUCCCUUGGCACACGACGUAGAGCACUAUUCGCGAUUCUUUCGGCGUCUAGCAGCCUCACUUCCUCAUCUUCAUCGACCUACACGAGAUGAUUUCCUGAAGGUGGCUAAUGGGUUCUGGCAGCGGAUGAAUGUCCGCUUCAAAUGGUUUACAAUUAAAUCAUUUCGGAAGUUCAACGCCGAUGACAUCUCAGCCUUCGUGACCUGGUUUGUAAUGAGCCAAACAAUCUGGAUACUGAUUGGAACUACGACCUUUUUCUCCGUAAUUUUUGCUAUCGCCAAUAGUCUGAGACUGCAGAAUUUCGUCGCACGCGCAAUUAGUGAUUAUCUCACAUCAGAAACUGGCGUUACUAUCAUCUUCGAGUCUGCUAUAGUACCGAAGUGGAAGGACUCGCGUAUAUCAUUCAAGAAUGUGUACAUCUCUCGACGGCCAACGACUUCUGCUCCCUCACGCAAAAGCAUUGGACAUGCAGCUGCACUCGGCUACGAUGUCAGCGAUCACCCAGCCAAUCACGGAGUAGAGGAGGAAGAGGAAACGUCCAACAUUUCCCAUGAUGAUUUUAAUUAUGCAAUGUUUGAUCUUAACGUUGAUUCCAUCGAUGUAACGUUGUCGCUUUGGAGAUGGCUUGACGGUAAGGGCUUAGUGGAGGAUGCGGUUGUGAAAGGUAUUCGCGGGAUCCUUGACCGCAGAUCAGUUUCAUGGGACCCGGAUAAUCCACUUAAUCCGGCGGACUAUCGACACAAAUAUCAACCAGGAGAUUUUGAAUUGAAAUCUCUGCAAAUUGAGGACCUUCUCAUUACUGUGUAUCAACCAGGGGGUUUUCGUCCGUACACGGCAUCUAUAUUCCGCGCCGAUAUUCGCUGUUUCAGGAAGCGAUGGCUAUUCUAUGACUUCCUCUGCGCUGAGAAUAUUGUCGGUCAAUUUGAUAACUGUCUUCUCAGCUUGCACAAACCGCAGAGUAUCGGUCGGACUACGGAGAUGGAUCUCAAAGAUGCUGACUGGGCACGUAUGUCUCGCAUCAGGAUAGAUGGUGUGAAUGUAGAUCACCUCCAGCAUUCGACAUCCAUGGAGGGCCCAAUCUCGUGGAUAACAUCCGGCAAAGUAGACGCUGUACUUGAUAUCAAGUUCCCUCGAGAUCCGAAGGACAGUCUCCAAUUCAACGCUCUUCUAGGAGAGAUUGCCGACGCUAUCACCACAUCUUUUUCAAACCCAACGUUAGAGCUUAUACCUGGUCAAAGGGAACUGAUCAAACCUCCACUUACUGCGCCGGAUGUCCUUGCACUGAAUGAAGACGAGGGACGGAAUACGCCAAGCGUUAUAGUGGAUAUUGAUUUACGAUUCAGGGAUGUCAAGGCCGCCAUUCCAAUAUUUACUGGAGAUCUUUCCUAUGUCAACAAUGCCCUGGUCAGACCCAUUGUUGCAUUCAUGAAUGCGAACAGAACCCUCGUUCCUAUACAUUGUCGAGUAGUUAAAAGCCUUGACGAUUUCGAUGGUUCAUGGAAUCUCUGGGAUUCUGGUCUCAUGGAUGAAAUAUCUUUAAAGAUGUACGACGCCUUGGCUUAUCAUGUCACGGAAGCCAAUAUGAACCGACGCCUCAAGACUGUGACCAUAUGGAGCCUGCAAAAGACUGCGAGUGCUGUCCUGUCUGCAUUGAGGAAUGCAUUUGAUCCUGUGUCCGCGCAUUUCAAACAGUCCUACCUGGACGCAAAGAUAUACGAUGGCGUCCAUCCCAGUAUGUUGCGGGCUUACCUUGACACACAUGAGAUGUAUGAUAGCAAUGCCAUGUAAUACUUAGCGGAAAUGUAUCAUCUACUCAUCA